AUGUCUUACUACUCUAACAGUAGAAGCCCUCCCCCGUUGCAGCAUCCAGUUCCAACGCACCCCGCCUACAUUCCCGAGCCGCCAUCUACACCUGCCUCGCCCCAGGGCUACCAACGCUACACCAGCUCGCCUCCGGUACAACAGCAGUAUGCUCAGCCGAUGCCGCCGUCGGGUCCUAGCGGUCGCUCCCCGUCAGGCUAUGUUGCCUCCACGCCUCACUACCGGCCCAUGAGCUCACCCCCUCGGCACCAGUCUGUUCACGGCCAACCACACCCUCACAUGAGUGUCCCAGUCGAUUUCUCAGCAUGGGGUUUGAAUGAUGCUACAGCUCAAUUUGGAAUGCAACUAGGUCAGAACGCUGUCGCUGCUGGUCAGGACUACGUUCAGAGAAAUCUGGGAGGACUCAUUCCAAUCACCGUGCUAAAGCACCAUUUCAAUGUCUCUAAUUCGUACGUCAUAAAGAAAUUGCAGCUUCUGCUCUUUCCCUGGAGGCACAAGCCGUGGUCGCGUCGCGUGCGUCGAACAGAAAACGGCCAGUCAGAUUGGCAACCUCCCCGAGAUGAUAUCAAUUCGCCCGACCUAUACAUCCCUCUCAUGGCCCUUGUGACUUACAUCCUCCUCGCUGCGCUGCAUUCGGGCUUGAACUCGCGCUUUCAUCCAGAGAUUCUUGGUAUCACUGCGUCGAAAGCUAUAGCGGUCGUACUUCUUGACUUCAUAUUCAUGAAGCUAGGCUGCUACUUUUUAAAUAUACAGGGUGGUCUAUCCGAUCAGUUGCUUGAUCUCAUGUCCUACGGCGGCUAUAAGUUUGUAGGCGUCAUUGUCACCUUGAUCGCAAGUCUCUUAAACUUCGGAUUGACUCUAUAUACCGCGGUAUUCAUUUACACCUUCCUCGCGACGGCAUUCUUCCUUGUGAGUAAUGUCUGCCAAUAA